AUGGACUGGACUUCACUUCCACAACUUUUUGGCAUUUCCUCCACAAGGGAUAAACGUGUUGAUAAUUGGCCCUUGAUGCAGUCCCCAAUUCCGACACUGAUUAUAAGCACUCUAUACCUCCUCACUGUCUGGCUGGGCCCCAAAUGGAUGAAGACAAGAGAACCCUUCCAGUUGCGCAACAUGCUGGUUUUCUACAAUUUUGGAAUGGUUCUACUUAACUUCUAUAUUUUCAAAGAGCUAUUCCUGGCAUCAAGAGCUCGAGGAUACAGCUAUAUCUGCCAGACUGUGGAUUAUUCAGAUAAUGUUUACGAAGUCAGGAUAGCUUCUGCUUUAUGGUGGUACUAUGUCUCCAAAGGAAUUGAAUACUUGGACACAGUAUUUUUCAUCCUGCGGAAGAAAUUUAACCAAAUCAGUUUCCUUCAUGUUUAUCAUCAUUGUACCAUGUUCACCUUGUGGUGGAUUGGAAUCAAGUGGGUUGCAGGAGGACAAUCUUUUUUUGGAGCUCAUAUAAAUGCAUUUAUUCAUGUUGUUAUGUACAUGUACUAUGGAUUAGCUGCCUGUGGCCCUAAAGUUAGGAAGUACCUCUGGUGGAAACGAUACUUGACCAUACUACAAUUGGUUCAGUUCCAUGUGACUCUUGGCCAUACAGCCUGGUCUAUUUAUAUUGGUUGUCCCUUUCCCAAAUGGAUGCACUGGGGUGUCAUUUUCUAUGCUGUCACCUUUAUUUUCUUGUUUGGCAACUUCUACUAUCGGACAUAUAAACUACCCACAGCACCUGUAAAGAAUGGCAAAAUAGCAAAUGGUGCUGUUGCAAAUGGUGUAAUCAAAUCGGAAAACAAUCUAGUGGCGGAAAAUGGAAAGAAGCAGAAAAAGGGAAAAGCAAAAGGAGAGUAACCUGAUCCAGGCCUUAACCCUUGCUGGCAAUGAUGAACCUCCAGUUUGAUUUAAGGAAAAUGUUUAAAAAUAAACGCUAUCGAUCUGUACCCGUUAACCCUUAGGUUACUGGAAAGCUAGAACACACAGAUAUUUUCAUUAUUUAUGAAGAUUGUUUUAACAACAACACUUCAAAUUAAAUUUCUAUUGUAAUUAUGUAAUUAUCGAGCAUAUGAUCUCUGUGUAAACUUUAUAGAUGGCUGGUGUUGGUGAGUGUAAGAAAGAAUUGCAGUAAAUAACAUGUUUUAGCAGUCCAGAAGUUGAUCCUACCAUUGAUGUGACUGAUUUGUAGCAGUCUACAUUUCUAGGGGGGAAAAGGUUGCUUUGGAAUACUUAUGUUUCUGCCAGAAAUUUAUUAAAUUUCAAAUUAUGAUUGUGUAUUACCUGAUUAGAAUAUGCAGUUUUCUUGUCUUCACUAGAAAUAUCUCAAGAUACAGUUAUGUCUGUGUGUUAUUAGAACAGACUGUUGAAUUUUCACAUUACCUUUGUUUUGAUUUAAUGUCUGUUACAGUUUUUCCUGUGUGGAAAUAUACCUACCUCUUCAUGUGCUGAAAGCAACAUUUAACAUUAAAUAACUUCAAUUUCUGAAGUAUGGAGUCCUCCAAGACAAAUAUGAGAUGCAAUUUGGAGAGAGCUGGGGUAGGGAGGAGACCACUUCUUUUAAAAUCAUCUCCCUUUUCAAUACAAAUGUGACUUUGGGAUGUGAAUUUGAAUGUGAUUUAGUGGAGAUGACCUUUUUAAAUGUAUUUAUAAAUACAAUAUUUAUGACAGUUGAUCUGAUGAAAACUAAAGUAGUUUUGCCCGCCUGCUUAAAAUCUGUGGUGCUAAUUUAUAUGCUACUGCAAAUGAUUAGGUGGUGUUAUAAUGAGGUUGAAAUAUACUAUAAGUGAAAUCACGUUUGCAAACACCGUUUCUUAUGUCAAAUAAAACAGAACAGAGGUGUUUUCAGUGUAAGUUGUAGGUUCUAAAACUGUUUGCUCACCCACAAAUUGGACGUGCUACUUCAUACCGUAAUGACUGCAAGCAACUUACCGAUUUAAACAUACACUGGAUGUAGACAAGUAUUGUCUUUGUCAGGCCAGUAUAGGUAGGUUAGUUGUUGAGAUUUCAUUCUUUCAAUAUUCCUGGCUCUUGUCACUUUAACACAUAGGUUACUCUUCCAAUUAUUGUUUAGUCAAAACUACUGUAAUAAGACAAAAUGGCUUUUUACAAUUCCUUUCUGCUCAGAACACUUCAUAACUGUUAACUGAUUAAAUUAUGUUACCCUUCUAUGAGGAAAAUAUUUUAUUUGCAUUUGUAUUUUGUGGGUGCUACAACACAGACAAUUUGUUACUUUUCAUAACUCAAAAUGAAUAUAAGGCAGUUUUCAAACUUGACCAGGUCUCAUAACUUCCAAUUCACUACUCUUAACUACAAGAGCUGACUGGCUGUUUUCUAAGUAAAUUCUUUACAGUUGUGGUCAAAAACAAGUUCAUCACAUAGUGUAUCUUACAUCAGGAAAAAUGUGAUGUAUAAAGUUUGUGUAUAGAAUGUAAAAUAUUCAGCACAAUUACAAUUUUUUCAUCUUAGUUAUCCUUCCUGCCUAUUAUAAAUAAUAGGCAAAAGGAACCUACAGCCUUGAUUUAUUGUGGGGGUUUUUAUCUUUUAUUCUUUUACUCAAAACUGAAUGCAAAUCCUAAGUAGUUCAGGAGAAAAAGCAAUUUUGACUAAAUCCACAAUACUUGAAACAGUUACUGGUUAAACCGGAAAAUGGGUCUUCAGUAAGAAGCCUGUGUUGUAGGUUACAUGGCAGGAAACUAGUUUACCAGGGCAGAGUAACUGUAUUGGACUGUAACUGGCCUGUUACCAUUAAUUAUCUUAUCUGCUUAGUCUUGUGGGUUACCAGUCUUGAUGCUUUCAGGUAAAAAUAAAACUUAUUACAUUUGUAAAAAUGUGUCUUAUGCAUUGGUGUAUGUGCAAGGGAAAAGAGUCAAUACCCUUUAAAAAAAAAACAACUUGCAUGUAUUUUCUCUGUUUGUAGGAAACUAUCACUUUUUCUUGUAUGACUUUUUUUUCUUCCUUUAUUUUUAAAAAAGAUUAGAUAAAAUAAGCAUAAAUUCAACAGCUUCUGCCACAGGGCUUUUUUCCUUGAUCCAUUUCUUGUUUGACCAUGUGAUUUAGUCCUGUUUUGAGCUUGAAUAUAAUGUCACAUUCAUGGCACGCUUCUGCAGUUUGAGGGAUAGCGUAGCAUGGCUGCAAGUGGAAUACUUCUUUUGUUAUGACUGAGCAACCAGUGUCAUGGAAAUUGACAGAGCUGACAAUAUACAACUACUUCUCUUUCCCCAGAUAUCAGUCAGGCACAAGGUAGGCACUCCAGAUUCUCGCUGUUUUUCCUAUUUUGCAGCUUGUGUGGUUACCAAGUCUGCACAGUUUGGGCCCAGGGGUAAUAAGAAUAUGUAAAAGUCUGUGUAUUAUAGAUAUGCAAUCAAAACUCGAGUACCAAAAAACUUUUGCAUGAUAAAAUUUUCUUACUAUGUUGUUUGUUUGUUUGUUUGUUUGUUUUGUUGGGUUUUUUGUUUGUUUGUUUUGGGGGGGGGGUUUACACUUGUCUGUAAGAUUGAGAGUCCCUGGCUCUUUGAAAUCUUAGAUUUUUUUCCAUUAAAGGACUUGCGUCCCAAGAAAUUUUGAAACCUUUGGGCUAAUAUUACAUCAACUGUCACACCAGUUACUUCCCCACAAGGUCCUUGAUAUCCCCUCAGACUUAGCUAUUUUUAACCGUCUCUUUGCUGAGUCAAUUUUUUUAGGCAGUUUAAGUAGGAUUUUUAUAGGGUCCCAUAAUGUUUUCCCAGUUGAUGAAGUAACUGGUAAUUUUUAAAUAUGAAGUUUGAAUGUCUCUAGCUCAUAGAAAUGAAUCAUAAAAAAACAAAGCUGCUUUCAUUUGAAUAUAGCUUCAGAACUAGGCUUUUCAAAUGUAGAUGGUAUUUGCUGGUCAUUUUAGACCUAGUAGGCUGAGAUCUUCACAAUGCCAGUUGGUCAAAUGUAACAUAAAUAUUAAGACCUUGAACAGAGAUUAACUGGUGGAUCCUUGUCACCUGAACCAACAAUUCACUGUCAUACAUUCUCUGUAAGCUAACCAAUGACUAUCCAAUGGUAGAGGAUUUUAAGAAAACUACAUCGUGAACCAACUCUGCAGAAGUCUCUGAAGCCAUGGAAAUGAAGGGGACUUUUAAGAACACAUUAGUCUGUGUUGAAAUAUUGGUCCUAUAUCGAAUGAGUAUCUCUAUAUAAUGGCCAUAUUGAUAAAUAUUGCCUUGCAGCAAAGUUGAAUCUUUUCCAUUAACUAUUUCCACGUUAGAAAAGUAUUGUUAAUAAUUUAUAUAGGGAUGCAAAAAUGAUGCAAAAUCACUUAGGCUAUCCCACACUUCGUUUCUUCCAAAUACGUGUAUAUGUGUUCACCAUGUGCUGGGGUUGCUAAGGGUGGUUACUUAUACUGGAAAUCCUCAAUCCUGCAAAGAUAUAGGGUCAUGCUUAAUUUAUGCACAGAUUAAAAAACCUUACUUCAAUGGGAUUUCUCAACGUGUGUGAAAUUUAAUCCUACAUUAUGUUACGUAGGAUCAAGGCCAUAAUCUAUAAAUGAGUGCUUUUAAUAUUAUGUGUUGUAAUUUGUUGUAAGGGAAGUUUACAGCUGGGUAUAUGCAUAAUGCAUUCAUCUUCAUCAGUUGCAAACACAGACACUUAAAAUCCUCAAGGGCUGAGAAGUGGCAAAUCAUCUUUGGGUAACUCCUAAUCACCUUGCACUGUAGUGCCAGAGGAAGUAGUACUGAGAUGCAUUCUCUGCAGGUAUACUGUAUACAUCAGCAGAAAACUUCAGUCCAAAAGGAAUGGAAAAAUAUUUUAUUUCUAUGCUUCAUUUGUAGACAGAGGAAAGGAGUGGUUUGGGAGCCUGCUCUUGCAUAGGAUGUUUUGUUUUUGUAAACUUUUAAAAUAAAUUUUAUUUUUCAUGCUGUC